AUGCAGACACUUGCGACACGGUCUGUCAUGUAUCCAGCUUUGCGAGUGAAGUUUGACUCUAGGAUAGUGCUCAGUAACAUCAGAAGCUAUGGUCUCAGAAGACUUUUGCCUGUCCAGCACUUUGGAACAGCUAACUUAUCUGCGAAGCGAAACAGCUUGGCGGAAAGACAGGUGGUAUCGAGUUCCAGAUUUCCACGGAUCCCAUCAUAUUCCAACAAUGUAUCGAUGCUUCACAUAGGUCUCGCUCGUAAGAGAUUCUUCCACAACACCAGCUCCAGAGAGAUAUUCUUUUCUUUCAAGGGCGGUAGACCUCUCUAUAAGAUCUACCGGAUAUCGCCAGUGAUGCUGUUCUUCGCUGGAGUGGGAUUUUUUGUGCUAGCGUUCGCCGUCAUACCGAUUGUCUUCACCUUCUUUCUUCCAUUAUUCAUAGGCACUGUGGUGGUAUUUCAGUUCAACAAAUGGAGACGCAAUGUUAUGCUUCGAGAGAUCAUUGGAAGCCUAAAGAGGAGUACGAUGCAUGUCAAAUAUAAGACGGUAAGAGCAUUGCAUAUCAAGGGUCUGGAAAAUGUGUUGAAAGUGGAACAACAGAGUUCUGAGUCUCUUAAAGAUGUACUGAAGCGGUUUAAUGUCGCUUUAGAGUCGCAAAUCGAUCGUUCCUCCGUUGCGGAUGCGGACCGCCUAUCGGGCUUCAUAAAUGAUCGCUUGCUGGAGGCGGUUGAGAACGACGAGAAGGGUGUGAGGAGCUUCUUUCUCGGAAACGACGUCAACAGUUGGGUUAGUGAUAAUUACGAACUGGAACUCGAUACAAAGCAGAUCAAGACCAACGGCCGAGUGUUGGGCGACGAUGUGCUGAUCGUCCUUACUUUCCCAUUGUACUUGAAAUCGACGAGUCACGGACGGAAACAGCUGGCAAAUGUGUCACUUGUGAUAUCCCACAAGUCACCGGAGGGUGCAUUAAAUGCCCCUUUCCCGUUCCAGCUCCUGUCCAUGAACAAUGAGGAGUGCCAAAUGGUGCUAUCGAUUCGACCACUCAGCGUCUUAUCCACAAGACAGUUCAUUUUGACCUCGCCCGGGCGUUCCGGCGACUGGUACUCGAAGUACGAAGUCAGACAAACUCCCGAUAACCACACAGAGUACACAAUACGUCGCAACGAGUGA